GCUGCUCUUACACUUCAUGCUGACCCUGCCUGGAUGCUGAGUGAAUGCAGUUGUAGGUAUUGGUUAUGUUUUUACAGGAUUUUUUAAAUGUAUUUUUAUAAAAAGAGACAUGGGAAACAGCCCUGGGACGAGUGUGGAGGAACUACAAGCUUGUGAGAGUCAUCAGUGGUACAGGAAAUUCAUGACUGAGUGCCCAUCUGGAGUUCUCACCUAUUACGAGUUUAAACAGUUCUUCGGCCUGAGGAAUCUGUCGGAAGCGUCAAAUGCCUACGUUCUGACCAUGUUCUCCACGUUUGAUAUGAACGGUGAUGGCUACAUUGAUUUCAUGGAGUAUGUGGCCGCUCUGAGUCUGGUGCUAAAGGGAGGCGUGCAGCAGAAGCUCCGUUGGUACUUCAAACUGUAUGAUGUAGAUAGGAGUGGCUACAUCGACCAAGAGGAGCUACUUCAGAUAAUUAAGUCCAUCCGUGCAAUCAAUGGCACUACCAGUGAGAUUUCAGCAGAGAACUUUGCCAACAUGGUGUUUGAAAAGAUUGACGUCGAUGGAGAUGGUGAACUGUCCUAUGAUGAGUUCAUGGAGGGGAUUCAGAAGGACGAAAUGCUGCUGACGACACUAACAGAGAGUUUGGACCUCACACAUAUUGUCAGCAAAAUUCAAGAAGAGUUGAGAGCCAACACCUGAUACCUCUAUCCUUAUUGACACUGAAAUAAACAUUUUUGUAUAACCGUUCCACAUGCUGAAGAGGUGGAUAAUCCAUAAAUCAUCAUCAGGAUGAAAGGAUGUGGACCAAUCUCUGGGUCGCUGUCAAAGAACAGUAUUUAACUCCUCUGAGUUUACUAACUCAGACUAACAAAGACAAAUAUUAAUGUUGUCAGACAAAACAUAAAGACAGAUUAAUACCUUAACUCUUUGUUGGACUCUAGCUGAAGUGUAAAACUACAUGAUUUCAGUCCAAUCUCCAUAAAGUGCCAUUAUUGAAUUUAUGUUGUAGCUAUUGCAUGCAUUUUUACAAUACAUAAGCUACGUGUUCAGUUAAAUGUGUUUAGGUGAAACCUACAGGUUCCUUAAUUGUAGUGUUUCACAUAAUGUGCAGUAGAGCCACCUACAUCUCCCUACAUCUGAAACAGCAGUAAAUGAUGUAUAUUUGAGA